AUGAAUUUUCACCCAAUCUUGAGUUUUUCAGAAGAAGACAAGAUCGGGACCACCCAGCCCCAUGACGAUGCGUUGUUGAUCACUCUCAAAAUCGGGGACUACGAUGUGAAAAGUGUAAUGGUGGAUGGUGGCAGUGGGGCCGAGGUUAUGUACCCCGACCUCUACAAGGGGCUGAGGUUAAAACCGGAAGAUUUGAUGCCCUAUAACUCUCCUUUAAUGAGCUUCGACGGGAAGCUUGUCAUUCCAAAGGGCAUGAUUAGGCUACCCAUCCAGACCAGCCCAGAGAUAGUGGAGGUGAACUUUAUCGUGGUUGACACCUACUCUCCCUAUACAGCCAUCGUCGGUAGGCCCUGGCUCCAUACCUUAGGGGCUGUUGCUUCCUCAUUGCAUCAAAAGGUGAAAUUCUCGUCAGGGGACCAGCAAUCAAGGGCCCCGGUGUCGCCUCCUGAUACAGCUAUCGAGGAGGCAAAAUGCGAAGAUCUAGAGGAGGUGGUUAUUGGCGGUGACCCGAAGAAGUUCUUUCAGGUAGGGGCUCAGCUGCCUCUUCAGGAGAAAGAGGAGUUGAUUGAGUUUCUCAAAAGAAAUGUUGACGUAUUUGCAUGGGAUGCCUGCGAUACUCCUGGGAUUAAUCCAGCCUUCAUCUGUCACCAUCUUAAUGUCAACCCAUCCAUCACUCCUAAGAAGCAGUCACCCCGUCGCCUAUCGAGAGAGCACACCGAUGCGAUUAGGGACGAAGUGGCAAAGCUUAAGCGUGCAGGGGCCAUCAAAGAGGUUUUUUAUCCCGAAUGGUUGGCCAACACCGUGGUGGUCAAGAAGAAAAGUGCAAAUUGCGGGUUUGUGUAG